UCAUAAUUCACUAACUCCUUUUCUUCGAGAACAAAAAUGUAUGUGACGAGGGCAUUGUCGCAGUUUAGAAAAUAUCAGAAGACACUAUCGGAGGAGUCACCGGAGGGUCCGUUUUCCGGCGUUCUAGUUAUCACAGACGAAGAAGCAGAAACAGAUGACACGUUCUGUUUCGGGAUGUGUAAGAGGACAAAGAUCGAGAAGCUUCCGUUCCCUCAAGACAAGAUCUUAUCAGUUGUUCACACAGACAGUUCUGGAAACAGAGAGACUUCGGUUAAGAAGGUCUUGUUCAUACCAGCUCUCGAUCAACCAUUGUCUUCAAACCGGUAUUACGUUGUUCACGCUAGAGGCAGACACAAAGGGAAAGUUUGUGUGUGUUCUAAGGAGAUAGAGAAAGGACUAUGCUGUUUUCCAGAUAUCUUGCAUGACAAGAAACCGAGACCUUUGGAUCCAAGAAAUAUUUAUCAGACAGUGAAGAUCAACCGACAUCAUGACAAGACGUUCUUUGCAAAAUCUGUUGCUCCAGACGGUACACCGCCUUCAUUUCUCAAGAAGAAAGGAUGGGAGCUGCGAACCUCGAGGAGCUUGCAUCCGAGGAGACCUAGAGAAGCUCUAGGGCUAGACGAUGAGCUAAGAGCCCGUCUCCCUGAAUUCGAAUUCUCAGUCUCAACAAUUCGGUCCGGGAGUGUGAUAGUAGGAGAAUGGUAUUGCCCAUUUAUGUUUGUGAAGGAGAAUUGUAGUGUAAGUCAUCAGAUGAAGAAGUCAAUGUUUUAUAGGAUAACACUAUCCCAGUACUGGGAACGGAUCUACCACUGCGAAAACAGUAGCUUGGAUGAGGCCAACGACGAAAACAAUGAUGAAGAUGAAGGAUGGGUGAGGGUAGAAGCGAAUAUGGUGAGAGAAGCGAGCUAUGUGAAGGGUAUGGAGGCGGUCAAGGGAGAUAAAGAAGGGCACGGAGGCUUUUAUUGGUAUAGACCGGUUCAAGGUUUGCGGGUACCGGGUGAGAGGAGGAGGAAGACGGGUCCGGGGUCUGCGGUGGGGCUGAGUUUCGUGGUGGUUGAAAGAAUGAGAAGGGUAAUGGAGGAAGGAGGAUGGGUGGAAGGAGGGAGGAAAGUGGUAAGAGUGGAGAGAGAUGAACAAAUUGGUGUUUCUAGAAGAGAUUUUAGGGAUAUGAAUGGUAAUAAUGAUAGAGAAUGGAGGAGAUUUGGGUGUUAUGUGUUGGUGGAGAGCUUUGGGUUGAGAAGAGCAGAUGGAGUUUUGUUGGUCAAAUGUUUAUUUAGGCAUACUCAAAGACUUCGAUGUAAGUGGGAGUGAGCCUUCAAUAUGUUGUAAAAUAUAAAGAGACUAGUGGUUGGCCCGCAG